UGCGUGUAAAAGUACAUGCCUUCUCUCCCUACACAGUUAGGUUACUUAGAUACCUAUAUCCUCUUUCAGUAUCUAUGGUGCGGCUGUGAACCGCGGUUAUUCUGCACAGCGUACCGAAUAUUCACCUCAACAAUUAUGGCACUUGCUAAUACACUUUGCCGACAAACACCCCUUCUCGUCAUGGAAAGAAAAGGAAAAGGGAAAGAGAUGGAACAUUCCCGAGGCUGGCAGCGGAGGACAACAACAACAGCAGCAGCAUCAACAGCUCACAACAACACUAAUUCCGGUUUUGGAGGAAAGGGCAUCUCCUUCCCCUCUUUCCUGUACAUACGCGAGGGAGCUGCUGCUGCUGCUGCUUUGCUGCUCCUGUUACUAUGCCCGCUCACUUCCCAGCCUCGCGAGUAUCCGGUCGCGGGUCUGGAAGAAAGAGGUAUCUAGAAGCAUCUUUUGGUUUUUCCACCUUCCUCCCCAAUUCGUCCACAUUGAGUGGAGCCACCAAAUUGACAUUUAAUUUAAGAGAAAAGAAAAAAAAGCGGACUAUUGCCGAAGUAGGCAUUCGGCCAGACCAAUUCAGCCUAUUGAUCUGCAAGCGUUAUCACAUGGGCACCAGUGUCAUUAUAUGAUUGACGGUGUCCGCGUCCUGGGUAGGGUAGUAGCGCUCCUCCCACGGCCUAUCUAUCUAUUCUGACAACGCAUAUAAUUGCGGGCAGCUGGGUUCCGGGCUGACUGACUGACUGGCUGGC